AUGAUUAAUCUUGUGGUGUUCCAUGUUACGAUCGCUCCUGCAGGGCAGGGGUCUGGUGCAAGCGCAGCACAGCUGGAGGAGAAAGAAGGCGAUUCCCUGAUAACAGAGAUCUUAGCAAUUGCUCCUGCCGAGUCGGAUGACAGUACGUACGUGGAGUGCCUGAUUUCGUGGGUCGGCGACGACAUCGACCGCGGCGAUUAUUACGGACCAGGCAAGGUCCGCAUCGGGCCGUUCCACCGGCUGCAGGAUCCAUCUGAACAAUCGGCUGACAUGAUGGAGAAGGAGAAGAAGCGCGUGCUCCACGGCCUGCUCACCCGCAAUGAAAAAGCGCGUGGGCAGGAGCUGAGGAGCCACCUGGAAGCCAUGGAGCGCCUGGUGCCCUACGCACGGCAGCGCUACAGCAGCAGCUUCAGCUGGAUGACGAGCAAGGAGUUCGCUGGCAUGCUGCUAGUGGACGGGUUCUUCCUCUACUCGCGCUUCAUCUCCCGCGGGGACGACGACGACAUCACCGUCGACCGCGACAUCAUGUUCCUCCUGGAGAACCAGAUACCUUUCUUCGUCCUGGACAAGAUCCACCAGCUGCUAACCGGACCUGGUCAAGUCCAUGAAUAUUAUUCCAGUCAUUUCGUCCUUGAAAAGGUCGCCAAGCGCGUACAACGAGUGCUCCAGCGAAAUGCGUACAUCGCAACCACCAACGUGACAUCGCCUGCUGCUCCACCAUACCAUCUUCUCCACGUGCUCUACAUGUACUUGGCACCUGCCGCCAUCCUCGGCUCAGAUUCAAUUGGCAUCAAAGUGAAUAGUGCACCCGUGCCCGAGAAUCGUCGUUGGCGCCGGGCGACAGAGUACUACGCCGCCGGCGUGGGGUUCGUCAAUCGGGAGCUCGACGGCGGCAACAACGGGGCGCGCUCCAUCCUGGACGUGGAUCUGAUAAAAGACCAGCUCCACAUCCCUCGCCUCAUCAUCGACGGCAACACCUUCAGGAUGCUGCGCAACAUGGUGGCCCUGGAACAAAAGGGCAUGCAGUAUUCCACGCGCAACUCCCACGUCACGGCCUACUGCUUCUUCCUGUCGCAGGUCGCCGGAACGGAGGAAGACGUGGAGCUGCUCUUCUCCAAGGGCAUCAUCGUGCACAUGCUCCGCAGCAAUAGCGACGUCACCAAAGGCCUCGCCGGUCUCUGCGACGGCGUCACCAUCGAAGACGCCUUCGGCCGGGACGCCAAUAACUACCUCAGGUCUAAGAAGGACGCGCUCGAGAAGCUCUGCGACACCACCUGGAGGAGGUACAUGGCGUGGCUGCGGAUGCGGAACGUCAAGUGCUGGAAGGCGCUGGCGGUCGUCGCUGCUGCUGUCGUCAGCAUAGCCAUCGUGCUGCGAUUGGUUUUUGCUGGAAUCAGCUAUGGCAGAGGCAAGUAGCUUCUAGAGUUCUAGUGCUUGGUACUAUCCAUCCAUUGUUGCAAUAUCCUUUUCCCGUACCGUCUACGAUUACGGUUUUGCUAUUUCUUAGACGACUAGUCGAUGAUAACAACAUUUUGAUUCAAUCAUCA